AUUUUGUCUGGCUAAUACCAUUUACCGAUUAAAAAAAAACAUCCAUAUAAAAUGGAAAAAAUCUUUAGUUAGUCUACAAUUGUCAACACAGAAGGCACGAGCCAUUACUUCCACGGAUGCUUCAUUCAAAUAUUCUACUUUCCCAUCCCUUUCUAUACGUCAAACAAGAAUUCUGCUCUGUUUAGGUGCAGAAUUACAAUAUUGAUUGAAGAUGAAGAAAAACAACAAUGGAGUGCAGUCUGUGUGGCGAUGUGGGCUUUCAAGUCUAUUUAUUCCAAUGCAAAAAAUGUGUAAUACGUUUUCAGCAUCAAUAUUGCAGCAAAGCAUAUUAUGAGAAUGAAUCAGUUGAAAGUAUCAGUGAAUUGUGUGACUGGUGUUUCAGUACUCAAGAAGAGGAUACAGGCUCUGAUGUUAAGCUUAUGAGCAGGGAUUCUGUUAAAAGAAUCAAAAGUUGUUCUGGGUUUGAAGAGUGUACAAACAUGACCCACAAUAACAAAGGCAAGAGAAAUUUGAAAAAAUCUUGUGCCGGUAUUAAAGGACAGAUACCCAAUGAGCUGAAGAAGCAGAAGAAUCCUGAACUUACAAAUUACAGUACUGAAAGAAGAGUUGGAAAGAAAUAUAAGCUUCUUGAUGAAAUUGUCUGUUGAUUGCACUGGUCUACAUUGUAGAGAAGCUCACUUCUGAAAAAGAUGAGCUUACCAAAUAGAUCGUCUAUUCAGUUUUGUAUCUUGUCAGGUUAGCUGUUCAUGAACAUAGGAAAUUUACUUUGGAAUUACCUCUUGUGUUGUUUGAUAAUAAUACU